AUGGGUGCUACUUUGUUAGUGCAACCCUUGGAUUUGCUAAAAAAUCGCAUGCAGCUUAAUGGAUUAGGUAGUAAAAAGGAAUCUCGUUCAAGCUUACACGUCCUGAAGAGUAUCAUAGCAAAUGAGGGUUUUUUCGCGAUCUAUAGUGGCCUUUCUGCUGGUCUUCUACGUCAGGCUACUUAUACGACAACUCGUCUCGGCACCUAUACUUGGCUGUUCGAGGAAUUUACUAAAGACAGAACAACAAUCAAUUUUGCAACAAAGGUUGUUAUCGGUCUAACUGCUGGCGCUGCUGGAUCAUUUGUCGGUACCCCCGCAGAAGUAGCACUUAUUCGAAUGUGUACCGAUGGACGGCUUCCACGCGAAGAACAGCGACGAUAUAAAAAUGUCUUGGAUGCAUUGAUUCGUAUUGUCCGAGAAGAAGGAGUUUUCACGUUAUGGAGAGGAUGUGGGCCAACUGUUCUUCGAGCAAUGACAGUAAAUGCAGCACAAUUAGGUACUUACUCACAAAGUAAAGAAGCGUUACUAUCACCUAAAUUCUUCAAGGAAGGUAUGAUGUUGCAACUCGCGGCCUCCAUGAUAAGUGGUCUUGCAACAACUAUAGUUUCGAUGCCGAUCGAUAUUGUUAAAACAAGAGUACAGAAUAUGCGUGUGAUAGAUGGGAAGCCAGAAUACAGCGGUAUAUUGGAUGUAUGGUCCAAAGUCAUAAGUAAUGAGGGAUUUUUUUCAUUGUGGAAAGGUUUUACACCUUAUUACCUCCGUAUGGGUCCGCAUACUAUGCUGACAUUUAUCAUACUCGAGCAACUCAAUGCAGCCUAUUUUAAGCGUAUUUUAGGUGUUGAGCAAACCCGAACUUAUGAUAUGUUGACGAUGCUGGCAAUAACUGAACCUGAUAUUGAUCUGCUGAACUGUUCCGUUUGGUCUGCCGAUUUCAUUAUUAUUGAACUUAGCUAA